CAAGGGCAGCUCGGUCACCUGACUCCUCGGCGGUUCGAAGCAAGAUGGCGGCGCCCGUGUUGCGGCGCUGUCGGGAUUGGCUUCGGAUAAGGAAGCUCUGCCUCGGGAAGGCCGCUGAACUUCACCGCCGGCAGGCUCCGGUGGCUGCGAGCGCGCUCUGCCGGGAAGCAAGGGAGGCUGCAACGAAAAAGAGCCGUGAUGCUUCUUGGGCAGCUGUGGUGGGCUUGGAAAUUCAUGCACAGAUCUGUUCCAACUCAAAGCUUUUCUCUCGUUCUCAAGUCCAGUUUGCAGCACCACCAAACUCUUUGGUAUCUUUCUUUGAUGCUUCUCUACCAGGAACACUUCCAGUUCUCAACAGGAGGUGUGUAGAAGCAGCCAUAGUGACGGGCCUCGCGCUGAACUGCACCAUAAACAAGAAGUCCUUGUUUGAUAGGAAGCACUAUUUCUAUGCAGAUCUGCCUACUGGCUACCAGAUCACCCAACAGAGGCUGCCCAUUGCUGUGAAUGGAACAUUGUCGUACAGCUUGUGUGUAGGGAAGAACCAGAAUGAAGUGAUAACCAAGACCGUGAGGAUCAAGCAGAUACAGUUGGAGCAAGAUAGUGGAAAGAGCCUUCAUGAUGAUUUAAGAAGCCAGACGCUGAUUGAUUUGAACAGAGCAGGAGUUGGCCUCAUGGAGGUUGUCAUGGAGCCUGAUAUGUGCAACGGGGAAGAAGCUGCAGCGGCCGUGAGAGAGCUCCAGCUUAUCCUGCAGACUCUCGGGAGCAGUCAAGCAAACAUGGCAGAGGGCCAACUGAGAGUAGAUGCCAAUGUAUCUGUGCAUCGCCCUGGACAGCCAUACGGAGUGAGGACCGAAGUGAAGAAUAUCAACAGUGCUCGAUUCCUCGCAAAAGCAAUAGACUAUGAAAUACGAAGGCAAAUUGAAGAACUAGAAAAUGGUGGAACCGUUUUGAACGAAACUCGAACCUUUGAUUUUAAGCAUGGGUGCACCAUCGCAAUGAGGGAUAAAGAAGGAAAACAGGAUUAUCGGUUUAUGCCAGAGCCAAACCUGCCACCAUUGAUUCUUCAUGAUGCUAAAUCUUUGCCGGCUCACGGAAACUCUCAGCAAGUGGUGGACAUCGAUCGGCUGCGGGAGACUCUUCCAGACCUCCCGAGUGCAAAAAGAGCAAAGCUUGUUGAACGCUAUGGGAUUCAGCCUCAACACAGUUUUACCUUAUUGAAUGAAGAUGGAUUAAUGGAGUUCUUUGAAACCGUCUUGAAAGCAACAGAAAUGAAUCCCAGAAAAGUGGUUGGCUGGAUUCUGACAGAUAUGCUUGGGUAUUUAAAAAAGCAUAAUCUUACAAUAAAGGAAAGCCCGAUCAGUCCUUCUCUUUUGGCUGAACUUCUGAACCUUCUGGGAAGUGGAAGGAUUUCUUCUCCAGCAGCCAAACAAGUGUUGGAAGAGAUGUGGAAGGGGGAAGGGAAGACUCCCACUCUGAUUGUGAAAGAAAAGGAGCUUGAACUGAUCAGAGAUCGGAAUGAGCUUGAGCACAUCUGUCAGGCUGUGAUGGGAGACCAUCAGAACGAGGUGGCAGAAAUAAAGAAGGGAAACCAAAAAGUGAUGAAUAAGCUCAUUGGGCAGGUUCAGAAAAAAACAAGAGGACGAGCAGACCCUGCACUGGUGAAAGAAAUACUAGAGAAACUGCUAUCAUAGGAUCUGGAGUACAAAUGUACCUUUCUUGGCAUCCUAAACAACAUUCAAAUGGGGAAAUCUACUAUGAGGCUUUAAACAAUGGAAUUGUUUGACAUCUGGAACUUUCUCUAACAUAUGACCACUUCAUCCACUUCAGAGAAGCAAUAUUUACUUUUUGAAUGAGUCCAAGAGAAGUUAAGAUGUUCCUCUCAAUAGAUUUUAGGUGUUUCAAGUUUUUACUACCAUCUAAAGAUUGUAUCCUGGUAUGUCAAGACAUUAAGGAAUGUUUUUUUUUUCAAUGUUUAAUGAAUAAAAAUUGUACAUAAAAAUAACUUUUUAUAAGCAAUAAAACAAACAUUUGUUUUGUUCAGACCAUCUUGGACAUUUUUUUACUUUCCUCUUUUAAAAGUGAACUGUGCAUUCAUAUUGAAAACUGAACAAAGGCUGCAUUCAUAAAGUACAGAUACACAUCUCUAUGAAAUAAGCUAUUGUUAUAAUUCAGCAGAUGAUAGUCAUGGUUCUGUACCAUACAUUUUGGUCAGAGUAGGCAGCCACUUAGCUUUCCUUUGUUCUUUGGAGGCUCAGUGGGACAUCAGUUCAUGUGGUGGCAUCCUGUUGGGGGAUCCCAAGUAGAUUCAUUCAGUCAGUUGUGGAAUAGUGAGUCAUUACCAUUGAUUCAACAGCUCUACCCUCGUCAGAACUAAAAGCAGGAAUCGGUCCAUUGGCUGAUAUCCCCGAUAGCAUAAGCAGGUAUAAUUCUACCUUAUGCCUGCAUGUGUACAUCAUAGUUGUUGCAGAGCUUGCUCUUCCUUUCAGAAUAAUUGACGCCCUCUUGAAUGUUCCAUUGAGCCACUGCGGCCUGCCAUUUGCAUUCCGUUGCCUGAUGUGAUAUGAUUCCAUCAUCCACUUGUACCAAUGGAUUUCAGUGGGAUGAUGAAAUCAUUCCGCAUAGGCAUGGCCAGACAAAUUCUCCAAUCUUACCAAUUGGGGGACUGCAACAGCUCAGCAAUAGGUUCUGGAGGUUGUUAAAUGGCAGGCUAUAGCUACACUGUGGCAAACAGAAAUAUGGCCAUUGGCAGUUAAAUCCAGAAUUUUUUUUCUUAAUUUGUUAUCAAACUCUUCUGCUCCACGUGACAGCUCCAGUGAUGUACUUCUCUGAUUCUUUUGCUUUCAUCACAAUCAGUGAUUCAUCUACAAUAGUAAUGCAUUCAAAAGUCUUUUCUAGAGGGCAAGGAAGCCCUCUUGAGUAGGUUGUUAACACUAUAGAGAGGAAAGAGAAGAAAGUUUCAAAUCAACUAGUCUUAGAUAGACAAAUAGAUCACUGGAUGCUGGUCAUUAGAAAGAUCAUUGGACAUAGAGGCAAUAUGUGCAGUUGCUCCCCAAUGUACCGCCGUGGCUCAAACUCCAGCUGAUGCUAGUCUGUGCUUAGAGACAAAUGUAUUAGCAUUGGUAGUAAGCUACUCAGGGCAUGAUUUUAUCCAGUUGCUAUUACAAUAUAAAUAAAAAAUAUUAAUGGAAAA